AUGCCUCUCAUACCUGCCGCACAGGCACCCGCCACGGAGCUCAGCGACGAUGAGGGCCUUGAAUUGGCCGCCGGCACCGGCAGCAGCAGCAGCAGCAACCUCGACAACUCCCGUGUGCCGGCUAUGUAUCUGAGGCAUCACGGCGAUGAAAUUCACCAGGCGCUUGAUGUGCGAGUCAACCCAUCAACGUACUCAGAGGAGCGUGGUCAAGUGGAGGUCCUGAAAUUACCCAAUGUUGAGGCCGCCCUAGCAUGGUACCGAAAACAGUACACAGAUGUCCCGUUUGACGUCUUCAAUUGUUCAUGGGAUGACUUGUUCUGCCAAAUAGCCCGUGCCCAAGGUGACCACGACGCCCGCAACGGACGCAAGGGCAGUGUCAGUUGGUUCAAGUAUUUAUGGCGCAAGGCUGGAUCCAAGUCGGAUGCCAUCGAGCCCUGGCUGCAUCUGAUUCCGGACGAGUACGGCCUGUCUAUUGUGCGCGGCGCCAUCGGCAUCGUCUUUCACAUGGCCGAGAAAUCUCAUGAAAAAGAGCAAUCCAUCCUGGGGGGCUUCGAGACCAUCACCGAAACCAUCCACAAUGCCAUGAACAAGGGCGUCAGUUUCCAGCGCGAGCCCGAAAUGCAUGCCUGUUGCCAGGCACUGUACGACUGUCUGGUCGAAGGCAUUGCAGACCUGAUUUGGUCAUUGAAACCAGAGCCAAAAGGUAAGUUCAAGUUGGGCGUGCCUUGA